AAGAGACAAACGCCCAUGUUGAUAUUUAAACUCGACGGGAUCGAUCGCAGGAGCAGACGACGUCGAGUGAGGGCGGCGGCAGGAGCUUCUCGGGACUCCUCACGCCCACGCCCACGCCCAUUACCCACGAUGACAGUCAUGUGAGUAUUCAACAUUGAGGAAAUGCUGGCAGAGAGUGACAUGACAACUUCAGGGAAACUGUAGAUAAGAAAAUAGCCGACAUCCAGCCCCAAGAAAAGGAUAUUGCUGAAUUGACCAAGCCUUUAAUAUGGAGGAUUACAAAUUUCUCUUUAAGGUGGUGCUAAUUGGAAAUGCUGGAGUUGGGAAGACUUGUUUGGUACGUCGAUUUACACAGGGGCUUUUCCCUCCAGGUCAGGGAGCAACAAUUGGAGUGGACUUCAUGAUCAAAACUGUUGAGAUUGAUGGAGAAAAGAUAAAGCUUCAAAUUUGGGAUACAGCUGGCCAGGAAAGAUUCCGCUCUAUAACCCAGUCGUACUACCGUUCAGCCCAUGCCCUUAUUUUGGUGUAUGACAUAUCCUCGCAACCCACAUUUGAUUGUUUACCCGACUGGUUGCGAGAAAUUGAGCAGUAUGCCAGCUGUAAGGUCCUGCGUGUUCUCGUGGGAAACAAAACAGAUCGGGAAGAUAGAGAACUUCCCACACAUGUAGGUGAAGAGUUUGCUCAUCGCCACAACAUGUAUUUUAUUGAGACUUCGGCAAAAGAAGCUGAUAACGUAGAGAAACUUUUCAUUGAAAUUGCCAAGGAGCUGACACAGCUUGUUCGUAGUGGACACUUUGACAAGGAUAGCAAGGUAGGAGACUUGUCCCCACAAGAUGUGUCAAACGUUACUCUGCCACCAACGAGGGAGCCUCGCUCAGAAUUUGCUUGUUGUUCUCGAUGGAUAUCUUCGUCAACUACGUAGCUGAAUACGGAGGGUGGGGGAGUGUGGCAAUGUUUUGUUAAAAAUAUUUGAUACCAUUUAAAGCAUCAGUUAAAAGGAUGAUGAUAUAGAAAUGGUUUACAUAUUUAUUUUUCUUAAUUGGUCAUAUAUGGAAGUAAAGAGAAGAGCAGAUUAUUUACAGAAACUAUGCUUAUGAUUAUCGUUAUUGCUAAUAAUAUACUCAUGAUCCUGGGUGUGCAGAGUGGAUGCUUGUAAUCCUUUUUAAACUCAUAACAGGUAUAAACAGCUUGCAAUGCUCUUCAAUGCUCUUCAUUUGAACUAAUGGUGUGUUCUGGUCCUUAUUGUGCCAAUUUAAUAGAUUUUGUUUAUUAAUUUAUUGAUUGCCCUAAACUGGUGUUAUUAUUACCUCAUCAGUGUUGGGAAUAAGUUAUCUUUAGGGCUAUUUGUUUUCUGUUGUCAGUUAUCUGAAGUAGGGUAUUGAUUGUACCUUUAUAAAAUGACCAAGUUUAGCUUUAGCAUUUUGUUUACUAUAUUUAUCUAUUUAUUUUUUUAGAUUGCUAAAUUAGCCAAAACCUUGGAUCUUCCCUCUAAUCGUACCAUGAUGUAUUAUUAUGAUUUUCAUGAUAAUAUGUUGUAUGUUUGUAAUAUUUUUUUAAGAAGUCAGAAGAGAAAGCCAUUGUUAAAAUGCACAUUUCUAGUGGGAUUUUUGUGUUGCAUUAUACUCUUUUGAGAAUGCUCAAGUACUGGAAAUGUGAGGUUUUGAUGAAGGUUUUCCUGUCAUGUUUAAUGGUUUGUAUAUUGUUGCAUGUUUAUAAUCUUAGGGAAGUACAGUUUUUCUGUCCCGUAAUUAGUCACUUCAUUCCAUAGUGCUACAUAAAUAAUGUUUACGUUAUACACAAAUGUUACUGGAUUAUCUGUUUAGUUCUUGAGGUGGUUAGUUAUUUACAAAUAUUGAGAUCUUUUGUGUGGUCUUUUUCUUUAUUUUACGUUAUAACUUGAGUAUGACAUCACUUGCAAGUAUUCCUAUUUGCACAUUGCACAAACUCAGAUGGUGUAUUUUUUUUUUAUUUUAUAAUUUUUGUGAGUAACAAUGUGAUAAGGUAGGUGGAUAUCUUUCAUGAAGAAGAUAUAUUUUCCUUUUUGUCAUGUGUCACAAAGGAUGUUUAAGGUUUCAAUCAUUUUUCCUGAUAUCGGGCUGUGAUAUGAUAAAUAUUCUCAUAGGAAAUGGUAACUAACAACAUUUAGUAAUUUGAAAGCCACUGGAAUUCCCCCUUCCCUCCCCCACAGUCAUACAUGGUACCGUUGCGUAGUACCAACUACUAUGUCUUUAUAUGGUGGGAUGUAUGUGUGGUUGUGUGUAUGUAUGCAUGUAUGUAUGUUUGUAUGCUAUGACUGUAUGUGAUGUGUUGUGAGUGUGUGAGUUAUUGUUUGCAUUUGCAUGUUUUUUCAUUGUAUGUAUGUGAAUCUGCAAUAUAUGAAUCUUGUAUGGAUAAAUGCUGGGCACUUGAAUUUUGACUAUAGUAUCCUGGGAAUUUAUACUUUCUACCUUUGUUUUAUAGUUUGCUGGAAGAUACAUAUAUUCCUAUUCCCUUUUUUUGAAUCAUUUGUUAUGUGUGUUUGGAUGCCCUCGGUAGUCAUUUGAGUUAUUUCUGAUUCCAUUAAUAUUUCUUAAGAGGGAAGAGUGAUAGGCUGCAAGGAGAUGUUGAUUGGGCCAAUGAUGAUUCACUAGAUUCCAAUUUCUUUUAAUGAGGGAAAAAGGUUUUUGCUGGUUUUCUCUUAGUUGUUAGAUUUUAUUGUCACUUGCUCUGGCCUGUAAGAACUUUUGUUGGAUAAAAAGGUGAGGAAAUUGAUUUUUAAAAAUCUUUUAUACAAUUACCUAGAAUGGAUUUUCUAUUUGAUACAUCAUAGUAAAAAUGUAACUCGUGUGAAAUCGGCUAUGCAGCAAAUUUGAGCUAGUUUCUUCUUUUGUAUUGUUGUUAUGGAUAGGCAGUUCCAGAUUUUCUUUCAUAGUUAGAAGAGCCCAGUAAUUUUUGACUUGCAAAGUACUGUUGUCAAAAUUGUUAUUAUGGUCAUUCCACCUAAUCUAGUACCUUAUCCGGGUGGUUUGAUGUAUACCAGGAUAUACUAGUAUCUUCAUGAGUGUGUGAUAAAAUGAAUUUGAUAAUCUAGUCAUAUGAUUUAUACAUGUUCUUUAGAAAUGUGUUGUAACUUCUCUGGUCACAAGUUAAUGCUCUUUAUAAAUUUAGAAUCAGUGUCUUUUAAAGGUUAUUUGUGCACAGAUAUUUUGCAGUAUGUUUGCAUUUCAAGGACAGAAAAUCUGUUUGUAAUGGCAUAAUGUGGAUCUUUCAUUUAUAUACCCAUGGUAUCCUGCUAUCCAAUUUUGCUAAAGGUAUACAUGGUUCAGUGGACAGUGUAUCAUGCUGACUUUUCCUGAUUCUGCAUUUACAUAUGAUUUUAAGGAAUUCAGAUUAAACUUAAUGUUAAUGUUUAAGACUUUUGUAAGCUACAAGAAUUGUAAUCUCUUAAGAUAAAAGACACUUCUAAGAAAGUUGUGUGAUACUCUUCAUCAGGUCAUGCAGUUACAAAUUAUGUGGAGGUGCUUUCAUUACAUAAUAGGCAAUCUGAUAUAUGUAAAAGUGUGUACUUUGUUCAUAAGCACAGGCAGUAGUCUCUUUAAAGAGUGUAAGUGAUUUCUGUCUUUGUGUAGCACAAAGAUCGUUGAGACUUCAGUGAACUGAAGGCAGAAGACUAACUGAUUUGGUUUCAGAAUUAGUACAGAAUUCUCUCAUAGUAUUAGUUUGAAUAGUUGAGGAUAUCCCCUGUAUUGUAUUGGCAUUUUUAGACAUUGUAUUUUAUAGGUAGGCACUAUGAUAAUAUAUAUUUGAUUGAUUUAUAUAUUAUUUAUUUUUUAUGUGAAGUUUGUUUCUUUUUCUAAUAAAUAUUACUACAACUGGGUAAUGUUCAGAUUUCCAGUCAGUGUUUUCUAAUUACUGUUCAUGUAUCUCUCUAAAAGCCACAUCAAAUAAAUGAACAUCAAAUAAUACACAUUUUUUAAAGUGUUCACUUCUCUGCCUGAAUGGGCAGGUCACAAAAUACACUCUAAGUUUGGAAGCAUGGAUUUUACAGAACCUCGUCUUUGAUUUGUUGCAACGCUGUGCUCAUAACAAUGUAAGAGACAUGCGUAAUUAUGCUGAAAAAAAAGAGUGAUUUUCUCCGAGAAAUAUUAAAUGUAACUUGCCUUG